CCGGCGGGCGGGGCCGGGCCGGGGCGGGACUGGGGGCGGGGCCCGCGGAGCAGACGCGGAAGCGGCAGCGGCAGUGGCGCGCGCGGCCGCCGCAGGUGGAUCCCGGCGGGGUGAGCUGAGGACAUGCGGCUGCCCGCACUCUUCGGGCGCCUGAAGGCGGCGGUGGUCGGGGUGGUGCACGUGGGAGCGCUGCCAGGGACACCAAGGAGUUCUCUUCCAUUGACCCAGAUCAUUGACCAAGCUUGUCAAGAGGCAGAAGCUUACAGGGAUGCUGGAGUUGAUGGCUUGAUAGUAGAAAACAUGCAUGAUGUUCCUUACACGCUGUGUCCUGGGCCUGAAGUAACAGCAGCGAUGACGAUUCUUAGCGCUGCGGUGAGACAAACGUGUCCCCGCCUGGCGCUGGGCGUCCAGGUCCUGUGUGCUGCGAAUCAACAGGCGAUGGCGGUUGCGCUUGCCGCAGGUCUUGAUUUUAUCCGGGCGGAAGGGUUUGUGUUUUCUCAUGUUGCUGAUGAAGGGAUUAUAAAUGCCUGUGCAGGUGACCUGCUACGUUACAGAAAACAAAUUGGAGCAGAGAACAUUCAGAUUUUCGCUGAUAUUAAAAAGAAACAUAGUGCGCACGCCCUGACGGCUGAUGUCAGCGUGGCCGAGACCGCGGCGGCUGCCGAGCUCUUCCUGGCGGACGGCGUGGUGCUGACCGGCACGGCCACCGGGCUGCCCGCCCGGCCGCAGGACUUGGCAGAGGUUAAACGUGCUGUGAAGAUUCCUGUGUUGAUUGGAUCUGGAGUGACUCUGGACAAUGUGAGGAAUUAUUUGGAUGCAAACGCUCUAAUAAUAGGCCUUCUACAAGUUGCAUAUAUUUCCAUACAUCAUUGCGCAGAAGAUUUAAUGAUUGUUGUCCCAACAGAUAUUUUCUAUUACAAUUGUUACUGACUUUGAAAUUUAUUCUCAGUAAACAUGCAAGCAACGAGCACUAGCCAGUGCUCUAGUGCCGUAAGAAGAGUAAACAUCUUCAAGUAGUCAGCUGAAAACUACAACAAAUACACUGAUAAAGAUUGUUCAGUGACGAUAAUUAUUUUUAAAGAAACUGAUUACAGUUGCCAAAAGUCACAAUCAUCACUGUGUGAAAAUAUAAUGUGUUACCAGCAUGUUUCUUGAAUUGGUUUCUACCCAUUCACAUCCUAAAAACUCCCAAGUGACUGGAACUCAAAUGGGCUCUCAUCUGAAUGGAGGGGGUGGUGAGAACUACCUCAGUGCUGCAUGCAGGGGCUGAAUGAGAUGGUGUCAUACAUGGUAGUCUUUGUAAGACAAAAAUGCUAAUGAGUUGCUGUAAUACUCAUGACAUGCAAUGAAUCCUGUAGACAGCACUUUCACUGUCAGGAUUUCAUUUAACACCCCACUGUGUAACCCUUAUGGAAGGAUCAGACCAUAACUUGGGUCUGCAUUGUUACGUAUGAGUGGUAAGUGCAGAAUUUAGGGAACAGAAGUAGAGGAAAGCUAAUUUAAAGCCUGGAAAUGUGACUGAUCACCAAGACUUUAUCAUUCUUUGUGCUGAAAGUGUUUGUCUAGCAGCAUUAAGCAUCUGCUUGCCUGUUUCACACAGAUGCUGGAAGAAGAAUCUGACCUUUUGUUCAGAAAGUGUUUGAAUAUUUAAUGUAAAAAUAUUAAGUUAUCAGAAAGGCUGUCUCUUUUGGGAAGACUGUUCAAUUUUUUUACAGCCCAAGUUGUUAAAGUACUAUGGAGCAUGAAUAACUUCAGAGCAGAACAAAGCAGGCAAGUGCUAAUGUGUAGAAACUCCAGAAGUAAAUAACAGCUGUUCAAGAAGACUUGUAUUAAAUAUGUAUUAAUUAAUUUGAAGUGCAUCACUUAAAUAUGUGAAGAGAUUAUCUUGUGUUAAUUUACAUUAAAACACACACUUGUUAGCCUCAUUACAGUAUCUUAAGUAUAUCCUGAGCUAUCACCUCAUCCUACAUUGAACAUUUUGUUGGGUGUUGAUUGCUUUUGAUUUGCCCUUUUAAAAUGUCAGCUAGUGGCCUCCCUUUCUUGUUGGUUCUCUUCCUUCUCUCAGAUUGUGCUCUUGCAUAGUACUCACAUCCAUUCUGUGCUGAGCAGAAAAAACUUGAAAAUAGAUUGUGAAAAUACAGCAAUAAUUGCCCACCUGAACAUCACAUGUAGUUCUUGCUGUUAACUGAAUAAACCAGAGGAGAGAAUGUAAGUGUCCGUUUGUGUAACAAAGUGACUUUACGUGAAGAUUCAGUAUGACCUUUAGGACAGGAAAACUACUUAGUAAAAGAGAGGUCUCCUUAGUAAAGUUAUAGAUAAUUAAAAUUCACUGGUAAUAACACGCUUUGUCUAAGUCAAUGCAUAAGUCUUAAUAAAACUUCAUUCCACUCGUAAAACUUAGAUAUUUUUAUCUGGACCUAGUAAGCCAAAUGUUUUUCUACCUAUUUUGGUGCUGAAAAUAUGUAAGCUUGUAAUAUUUAUGGAUAAUUUCCAGAUAUUUUCUUCCUGGUGUCAUACAGACAGCUAAUCCAGUUGCUAGGCUAUUCUUUCAUCCCAUUAUUUUGGCUCUGCAGACUCCCUGAUUACAAGUUGGAGUCCAGUUCUUGUUUCCUGCACCUACUCCAACAAACUCCUCACUGGUGGAAAAUGGAGGAAUAAAAGGACUGGCAGGCAGGUCCUGGCAGAGCAGGAAGGGGGAGGAAAACCAAAAUACUUGGCUUUAGCAAAACCUAGAAGUCAAUGACAAGGUGCUACAUUGCACGGUUCUAUUGAGAGAAGUGAUUGGGGAUGUUUGCUGUAGUUUCAGGUUGUUUGCAGCCUCUUCACUGAAGACUUUAUGAGUUCACACCUGGGUUAUGUUUCCAAGAUCAUCUCUGCUGAUAUAUGUGCUCAGGGAGACAUUUUUUCCUAAAGGAAAGCUGAAGUUUUGCAGGAUAAUUAUGGCAAUAAGGGGUGAUAACUGUAGCAAAAUGCAGGCUUGGAAUUUGCAGCUCUUUGGUUUAAGAGCAGAUUACAAGUUUGCGUUACAUAAACUUCCCUUGCUCCCUGUGCUUUUCCCCAGCAUCCCGUCAGUGUUUGCUCUGCUGAACAACACAGAAGUUGAGUUUAAGGACAGAACUGUCUGUGGCUUUUUUCUUGCACAUCUGCAGUGCUUAUCUAUGCAUCCUAAAUGCUGCAUUGUUUAGAAAUGGAGGAGAACUGGCCUGAGAUAUUCUUUGUUGGGGACUAACAUGCCAUGGUGUGUAGUAGAAUUGACCCUCCACUCUAUGGUCCCCGUUGCAGAAAUACCAUCAGAACAUAAAAUCCUUCAGAGGAUUCUUGGAUUCCUGCCUUGGAGGUGUCAAGGAAACCCACCCAGUUAGCUUCUUGCUUUUAUAAGAACUGGGGCUUGCAAUAAAUUGUUUAUGUUGAGGCAUUAUGGAAUUUCUCUCAAUUAUUUUCCCUACUCUUAACCAUUGUUUGACUGUUAGUGACAAGAAUUAUUUGAUCCUUUGAACACUUGUUUUAGAGGUAAAACCCUAUUUCCCUUAGGAUGUCUGUUAAAAACCUGUAUUAGGACUAAUAACUUCAAUCACAUUGUUCUCCUAUGGUGGCUGGUUAGGAGUAUUCUAUUGAAGAGUCCAGGCUUGGUCAAUAUGAAGUCGAAAAUGUUGCAGAGUUUCCUGACUGCACUCAUGUUCCUGACUCCAUCUGUCAAAAAGACUUUGACACUCACUCAUUCGGGUCCAGACAGACCUGUGAAAUGCUUUCCUUGGAUUAUUCUUCAGCUGGCAAAGUUACUACUUGAAAUGUUGAGGGCAACAGGAGCUUUUUCACCCCAAUCUUUAAUAAACUGAUUUUUCUGGGGGGAAGGAGGAAGUCUUUCUGCAAUGCAAAUAGGAAAGCCUUUUACAUGAGGCAAAAGGGUUGCAAUUCAGAAUGUAGUCUGUUUCUUUGCUUACAGUUUGAAGCUUUAGAAGAAUUAAAGGUAAGGAGAGCCUAAGAUGUUUCUUAUUAAACACUUAAGGAAUGGAAAAGAUGUGUAGGGUAAUUAUCUUGAUUAAAAAACUGUUGAUCUUAUUAACAGGUAGUUUUCUUUCAAUAUGUCAAAAAAGGAUUUUGCCAAUUUGGGCUGAAACGAAUACUCUCUGUUUAUGUUUAAAUUCCCUCUUUCCUGUCACUGUCAAAUUUUCAUUGUUUCAUAAAGUAAAUUCAGUGUCAGACAGCAAGUGUUGGUGUUUCAUAAUUCCUUUUUCCAGAGGCCGUCACUCUCCUUGAAAUGAACGGGACAGAGACGCUGUUUGGUUGUGUGGAAUGCUGAGUUAUCGGGUGUUCCUCUUCUGCUUGUAGGCAUUUGUUUCUGAAAAUAACAUCUACACUCGUAGAAGCAGAAUGAGGAACAGAUGAAAAUUUCAAAAAAAUGAAAUGUUGAUGUCGAGGGAGCACAUGGUCCGUGUUAGUUAAUACAAACAGGUUAGAAUUAAUACCAGGUUAAGCAGGUAUUAAUACCAGGUUCUUGAAUCCUUGUCCAUCCUUGAUUUUUCCUUCUGUAUACUAAAAUGCAAUUUCUACUUCUGCCCUACCGUGUGUUCAAAGGGAGAUGGAAUAUCCGCUGUAGAGUGUAGGAGUUCGUGAAGCAGUGGGUGUUUAGGAUCCUUUUAUUAGUUAGCAAACAAAAUUAAGUGUAAAAAUGUAAGUUAAUCAUACAAGAAAUUUUAAAUAUUUCAAUUUGCCCAAUCUGAUAUGAAAUGAAAUGUUCAAAAUGGUAGUUAAACUCAGAAUUGUUCGACUUUGUGCUGCGGUCCCUGUACUAGCUGUGCUUUGUCAUACCCCUGUCAGAAUGAGGUGACAAAACAGAGGACAUUGAAAUGUUUCAUACAAGUGUGGGAGGAAUCCCAAAUUCGACAGUAAACAAGGAUGAAAAGGAAGGCAGCAGAGUAAGGGCAAGAAAAGAUGCUCAAGUUUGCUGCAGUUCCUGCCUCAUUGUUUAUUCCAGCUUCCUGCUUUUUCAGUUCGCCUCUCGAGCCUUUCUUGUGCAUGUAGAUAGAUUACAGUAUGCAGAAGACUAAGAAUAAGCUGAAGGCAGAAACUGCCUUAAUGAAGACAUUCUUGUGAUAGAAAAAAGAUUUUGUUGUCCACAGAUGCGCAAAGAAAAAUAGAAAAGCAGCUGCCCUUAGAAAUGUAGUAAAAGUAGAGAUGAGCACUACGUCAUGAUGCUUUAGUCAAAAUCUGAUGUGUUGAAAGUCUUUGAGAGGAUCUGUACUGUUGUACAGAGAUAUAACCAAGAGGAGAAACACGAAGCUUCUGCUGGAAAAAUACUGCAAGCCUCAUCUGUUAGAUACUGUCCUGAAUGGUGUUGACUUUUUGUCAACUUUCAGCUGGAGAAUAAGAAUAAAAGGAAAUAGCUUUCAACUGCUCUUUUAUGGAUGACAAUAUUAAUAUUGUAUCCUGUCAAAAACCUCUGUUUCCUUAAGACCAAGCUAUAGAGGUAUAGUCAUGUGCUGUCAUCUUCCAGAGGAAGAUUCUGAAGGUUGACACAGCAUAAAGGUGAUGGAAGAAAUGUACAUGGCAAGUGGAGUGGGUAGGUGAGAUGAAGCGGAGCUGAGACACGGCACUCAGUGAAGGCUUCUGGCUCACCCAGCCUGCAGAAUUAAGAAAGCAGGGAUGUAGGUGGUCAGUAACGAGUGAUGAAAUUUGCAGGUUAUCUGCACUACACCCAUGAGGUGGUGAGCACUGGGGCUUGGGUGAAUUGGGAUGGCUUAUUUUACUCCUUGCAUUAUCUGUUUAAAGCAUCAACUGGAGCGUUCAUGAGAGCAAAUGCAGCUGGUGGCAUUUGGGCUGUGGAAAUUAUAGUUUGUAACACUUCUCUAAGAGUAAUUUGAGAGCUUAAAGAAUUAUAUGACUAAUAUUUCAUUUGGGCACUGAAAACCUUCAUGUUUCAGGAAAGAUUUUUGUAUUUUUUUCUUUUACACAGCCUUGAUCAAAUAGCCAAAAAUAUUAUUGGAUUCCUCUGAAGCACCAGCCAUGGCUGCAGCAACAUACCCAGCGAAAUAGAUCAGUGGUCCAAUCUGCUUUGACAACUCCCAUGUAACUAAAAAUAGGAGAAAUAGAAGAGGAAAUUUGUAGGGCUGGUAGUGGCUUGUAUUUUUCAAUAAUUUAUCAAGAUUCAAGAGCACAGAUUUCCUUUGGGAAAUAUUAGUUCUUAGGUUUACAAAGUGCCUCAGUUGUAAAUACCCAUAAAAAUGACAAUUUGGUAGGUCGUAUUUAUUCUUAAGCGGGUCAAAGGACAUUAGCGUAUUCCUACUAUAUAAAUCUGUCAAGUACAGAAUUUCUUUAUGCUCCCAAAUCACAAAAGCGCCUCUUACAGUCAAGGAGAAAAUGUCGCAUUAUUGCCAAUCAAGGACAACAAGAAAGCAUAUCGAUCUUUACCCAAUAACUUUUGCCCUCCUCGCUAAGUUUUUAUCACUGAAACUGGACACAUCAAGGGAUUGGAUUUAAUAUAUACAUAUAGUGCUGAUUUAUUACAGGAGGAGAAAUACAGUCUGGCCUUACUUCUAGCUCAAUAUUUUAACACUUAUUUUAUUUCUUGCAUGGAACCUUGCAGUGACUUUUUCUACAGACAGAGUGUAUAACUUUCAGAUAUCCCAGGAUGUGCACAAAUCUGAAGCUCGCAAAGGUACAUUGGCUGUUAUAUGUUUACACGCAUCUUGCAUUUGGUGGUCUUAGAGUCUUGAGUCUUGAUUUGGAGGGUUCAUGUACACGUGAGUCUGUAGCAGGGGUGCUGUUGGUUUCAGAGAGGCGUAACUACAGAUAAGCUGGAGGCUACAUAGGCACAAAAGGUCUGGAUGCUGCUGGCUGAGCCUGCUCUGAAGAUGAGCUGGUUUUCAUCUCAUCUGUGGAGCUGUGUACCUAAAGCCUUAUGUAUAAGGGCUGUUUACCAGUCACAGACACUGGAAUGCAGCAGAGGGCUGGCAUUGUCCUUGGUCUUUCUGUGUUCUCUCUCUUGUUGGUGAAACUUGUCAGGUUUUUUUGUUGAUCACUGCAGUGUGUUUGGCCCACUCCACAAAUGCAGAAUCUUUGAACUCUCUGUGUACAGUGAUACCCAUGGCUAUGGUAGAAGUGUGAUCAAUGAAUUACUUAUUGGAAGGCAAGUGCAUCUACAAAACCAAAGGGAAAGAUCUUAAUCACAGAAUUACAGAACAGUGGAGACUGGAAGGAGCAUCAUCUAGUCCAAGCCCCCAGCUCAAAUCAGGGUCAACUGGAACAGGUUGCUUAGGUUCUAGAUAGAUUUUGGAUAUCUGCAAGGAUGCAGUUUCCACAACCUCUCUGAGUAACCUGCUCUAGUAUUUCAGUGUUCAAGGAUAAGCUACUGAGUUAAAAACACAGGUCAUGUAUGUCAGCAGGAGCAGAUACCCGCUAAUUUUGUAACAAAAAAUGUAUUAAGCAAGCAUCCCAGAGAGCAAACAGCUCUCUCUUAUUGUGUAAUUAUAAGUCCUGUUUGUUUUUUUACCUGUGUGGGAAAAAGAUGCCAGUUUUGAUUGCUCUUUGGCUGCUUAAGAGCCGGGCAACCCCUCCAUAGAGUAAAAGGAUGCAGAAGUAGCUGAUGGAUUUGUUGCUCAUGUUCAUAACGAUGUGGAGAGAGCUGAAAAGGCCACAUCCCACUCCGUUAUUUCCUGAUGGAGUGGGCAGAGGGACAUAUGUUGAAUUUCUCCAGAUGUGUCCUUCCCCAGCCAGACAUCUUGUUGAGAGGUUAUUUUCAAGGAUUCUGUAUGUUUGUCAGGAUUUCCAGAUGUCUAGUAAUGCCAGCAUUUUCUCGGCACGUGGGCAAAUCCUUUCUCCCGAGCAUGUAUCGCAAAUCUGACGCUUAUGGAAACGCUCCCUGCACAUGGCGUGCACACUCACAGUAAAUCUGAUGCAGCUGGGGCUCUUGUGUGUGUGCCCUCCUGUGGCUUUUCACAAGCACAACAAAUUGAGUGUGUCCCAAACAUCUUGGAUUUACUGUGUGUGUUCAGACCAUCUGUGCAACACAUGUACCACACCUCUAGUGAUGCUUUAAGGGCUGGGCACAAUACAUACACUACAUAGUGCCUGGUGAUGCAUUUCAGUAUAGAAGGAGUUCAGAACAAGAUUGUGGCACACUCAGAAGUCAUGCUUUUCACUGAGAGCCUCUAGGAAGAAGCUGAUUUUUGGUUCUGCAGUAUCCUGACUUGUCUCAGUCUAGUAAGCCUUAUCCUACCAUCAGUGUGCUUUCCCAUUGCACAGCUUUUGAAAGUAUCUGAGAAGGCAGUGGGUUUUGAUUUGGGGAGUGUGUGUAUCUUGACUGGAACAUAUUUUCUUCACCAAUGUGAAUUCAAGCCAGAAGAGGAGAGAAAAAGGGAGUGAACAACUUGGAGUUGAGAGGAAAAUAUGGCCCAGGGUAUGCAUUAUGCAUUUCCAAUGUCAGAUGGAAUUGUUGAGCUUUGCCAGCCGCCUUGAAAUCACCGCUCCAAAUCAGGCCCAGAAAAUUACAAGUAUUUCUAUGCAAUUCUCACCUUUCCAGGUAAAUACGGAAAGCUAUAGCUGCCAGAGCAGUGAUGGAUCAUGACUUCCUUCCAUCCAAAGAGCCUUGGGCUUUUUCCUCCUCCAAGCAUUUAACUUAACUUGCAGGGCUGAUGGAAGAGCGGUAGAUAUUUUUUUCCCCCAAAUAUCCAUUUGCCUUUCCAUUUAUCUACUUUGAUCUAAAAUAUAGAACCUGAUGGAUGCCCUAGGUAAAUCAAACAUUUUCUGUCUGCCAAAACGGUUUUGCAAAUGCUUAUUUCAUGCCAUUACCAUUUUUCUGUUUCUAGCAGUAAAUCAAAAAGUAUCAGCCAUUCAUCCACUUUAAAAGUAAUGCCUUUCCUUUGCAUAAUUACGCAUACCCAGUGGAGAUCUGUAUGCACAGUAAAUCUAUUCCUUUAAAAGGUUUUGCCUUAAGUACCACAGUGACAUAAAUUGGUGUAGCUCAAAUUUAUUUAUUUAAAAGGUUUAUUCUUUUAACUGAUCGGGUAACUGUUCUACUUCCAUUGUUUGAUUUGGGUGGGGAGGGCUUUUAUUAAUGUAUCAGAUUUAAUUCUGCAGCAGAUGUUUAUGUAGAAAGGUCUCACUCUUUACGGGACUUGUAGCAAUUGAUAUGUGUGUGUAAUUUAUUCUCAUUACAAGUUUAUUCUUAACUGGCGUUCAGGGGGUCUUCACUGUAUCUCCAGUAGAUCCUUGAGAAUUAAAUAGUUUAAUGAAUGUAAUGAGCAAACCUGAAAGAAAUACACAUAGAGAAGCAUAUGUAUUUGGACGUUAACCCUCCAAAUUUGCAAAUAACAUAAGUACAGUUCUAUAAGUGAGUGAGAAAUUGCCAAAAAUAAAUAUCUUCCAGUCAUAAGUACCCCAGACAGUAUUUUGGCAAAGGAAAGAUUGAAAAAAAAUGAUCUCUCCAUCUUUCUGAUGUUAACUUGCUCAUCUUUGUAAGCUGGGCUUGUAGCUCUCAAGGGUGUCAAACCUAAAGCAGACAAGCCCAGCUGGUGGAAACCUGGGAGUGAAAUGAUUAAUUCUUUAGCAGAUCCGAGUUUAUUUUUAGGCUUUAUAGAAUAAUAUUAAAUUUCACUCACAGGGAAAUGACAGGAAGUAUCUUAAAAAACAAACAAAACCAAACCAACCAACCAAACAAGAGACACAAAAAAAACUUUACCAGAAUGGCACAAAGUAAUAAAACACCAGAACUUAACUACAGUUGGGCAGGUAAACAUAUCCCAAUUGCAUUUGAAAUUUUGGCUACAGUAUAGUCCUGCAAAUAUUUGCGUAUGUGUUCAGUUCAGUGCAUGUGAGGAUUCUUGAGAUGUGCACCAACUCUGAGGAUACACCAGAUUGCAGGUUAGAUUAUGAUAUGAAUGAUGUCGUGGAGAACUGAACAAAAUUUCUAGCGUGAAUGUAUUUUCUAUUAACAUAUUUUUCAUGGUACCGGAUGUGAAAGUGAAAUUAAAGGUGUCUGUAUUUUGUAAGGUUACACAAUAAAAACAUGCAGAAACAUUCUGGGGAGAGGAUGGUUCCAAGGUCUUGAAUCUCGUUUGGUUAACAAAGGUAGUUUCAUUAUACAAUCAAAAUAUUCACCCCUAUGAUUUCACACUAUCCGUGUUAUCUUUUUUGCUGGCAUCAGAGUGUUAUUGACAAACUUUCCUACAGUUGGAAAGGAAAAACUGCUUUAGUAUCCAAGGCAAACCUUGGAAAAUGCCAUGGGCCUGCAAUGCGAAGGUACAUAUGAUAAUCAUAGAUCUAGCAAGGGCUGUGUAUUGGAGGGACGAGGUUUUAUUGCAGGCAGCUCCACAUUCUAUGUCCAUUAAGGUCACUCUUUUGAGAUUUCAUUUAAAGCGAAUUUGGCUUUUUGGGGUCUUUUUCUAACACAUUAAGUAGAUCAGAGGUUGCCAGCUGUCCUUUUUGAUCACAAUUGGUGGUAGUGGUUGCAAUCAUAUGGCUUCACGGUGAUGUUGGGGAAGGGCAAAUACGCUGGGUAUGGGGGCUUGGGGAAGUGGGGAAAUAUCCCAUUCAGCCAUGAGGGAACAAGCUCAGCACUGGGGUUUUGACCUCAGUUGAUUUAUAUACCCUGAAAGUCUGACUCUGAUCCUUGUUUUAGGUCAUUUCUAGCCACUGCAUUUCACACUACUACUGAUCUGUGACAGCGAACAGCAGGCUUGCUUUAGUAUUUAGGUUGAUGCGUAGAUACACAGUCUAAUCCAACUGCUCCAGCCAUCCUGGGGUGUUUUCAGAGAGACGUAUGCCUUGGGUGGAAAGUGGUUUGUAGUGGUUCUUGAUAAUUUUAAGGGCAGGAUUGUGUGAAGUAGUUGCCUGUGAUAGAGGUUGGAUUACUAAGUGACAAAGAUUUCCCUUUAAAUCCUGUG